AUGGAAAAUCGGCGGUCGAUAAGAAGAUCGGAUAUCGAAUCGGGACUUGACUCCCCGAUUCACAUGAUAUCCAACAGUUCUUGGAGAAAUCGAGCAAACCAUGGACCUCAUCCCCAUGUGGAACCGCAAGAGACUGCAGCUCUUGCGGUUCCAACAUUUCUACCAUUGUUGGAAGAAGAUCCAAGUUUCAACAACUUCAAGAGGAACUUCAGGAAAAGUUUGAAAACUUCUGGAUUCAAUGUCUAA